AUGAGCGAAUCUGAGAAUAUUUAUUGUGUGUGUCGCCUUUGUUUGACGGAAGACAAGGUCAGCAACUUGAAAAAUAUGUUCAAUUUUUCCAUAAAAUGCAACGAGCAGGACGACAAAUUAACGAGUGUCACUUUUGUCCAAUUGUACCUCGACUACACGGGGAUUCCAUUAGUUCAUAAUCAAGAUAUAUCCCCUUAUUGCUGCACAAAAUGCGAAACCGCGAUGAUAAUAGCCUUCAAUUUUCGGAAAGCUGUGAGAGAAUCGAAUGAAUUUUUGAAUCACAUUCUCAAUAAAAUCCAAAAUUUUGAGGAAACUGACGAUGCGAGUGAUCCAGAGAAAGCGGAAAAAGUCUCCCAACUCAAGUCAAAAGUCUUCAGUCAAAUUUAUUGUCGUUUCUGUUACCUCGAAAGUGAUUCCCUGAGCAAUAUUUACGAAGCGACCUACAAAUCCACGAAACUUUUCGACAUUUUUAAGAUUGUCGCGGAUUUUGUGCCAGCUCAAAAUGGACUUUCCGAUAUGAUGUGUAAGAGUUGCGAAACACAAAUGACGACGCAAAUCUAUGAGGGCAGGAUGAGUGCAAGGAAGAAUGAUGCUUAUUUGAAAAAAAGUCUGGAAACGGCGUUGCAAGCGAUAAAAGAGGGAAAAUUAGACAUUGAAAAAUAUAAAAUAGAAAGAGAUGCCGUUGAUGAAAUCGUGAAUUCAGAAGUUGCGGAAAUGCCGUUGAUUGAACCAGAAUUUAUCAAGUUGGAGCCUCUGGAGCCGGAAAUUAAGGAAGAAGUUGAAGAUGUUCCCGAUGAUGUGAUGUUGUUUGAUUAA